AUAAUUUUGGAGUUUAAAACAAAAUGAAAAACACAGUAAUUAAUUCCAAGUUGAAACUCGAAACACCAAUAACCCACGUAUAUAGAGUACGGCCUUUUUAGUGUCCAAAACCGCGUCAUUUUCUCUCUCUCCAAGACUCCACACUAGCAAUGGUGUCACUCCUCUUCUUCUUCUUCUUAUUGAUAACUCUCUGCCCCUCCUCUUCCGCCGCCGCCAACACAACAACAGAGUAUCUGAAACUCCCAUUACUCCAUAAAACCCCUUUCACAUCUCCAUCCGAAGCACUAGCUUUCGACAUAAACCGCCGCCUCUCUCUACUCCACCAUCACCGCCACCAACAACAACACAAACAGAACUCCUUCAGGUCCCCCGUCAUUUCCGGAGCUUCAUCUGGCUCCGGACAGUAUUUUGUAUCGUUGCGCAUCGGUACUCCACCACAAACACUCCUCUUAGUAGCUGACACUGGUAGCGAUCUUAUAUGGGUGAAAUGCUCACCUUGCAGAAACUGCUCACACCGCUCUCCAGGAUCCGCAUUCUUCGCUCGUCACUCAACCACAUAUUCAGCAAUUCAUUGUUACAGCCCGCAAUGCCAGCUGGUUCCACAUCCCCACCCUAAUCCCUGUAAUCGCACGCGCUUACACAGCCCUUGUCGAUAUCAGUACACCUAUGCUGAUUCUUCUACAACAACUGGGUUCUUCUCUAAAGAAGCCUUGACGCUCAAUACCAGUACUGGAAAGGUAAAAAAGCUUAAUGGUUUGUCAUUCGGAUGUGGGUUCCGGAUCUCGGGUCCGAGUCUAACCGGUGCGAGUUUUGAAGGUGCUCAGGGUGUAAUGGGCUUGGGUCGAGCUCCCAUUUCUUUUUCUUCACAAUUAGGUCGUCGUUUCGGUAGCAAGUUCUCCUAUUGUCUCAUGGACUACACUCUCUCUCCUCCUCCUACUAGUUUUUUAACAAUCGGCGGCGCCCAAAAUGUCGCCGUUUCAAAGAAGGGAAUAAUGAGCUUCACGCCGUUAUUAAUUAACCCCCUGUCACCUACAUUUUACUACAUUGCUAUCAAGGGUGUUUACGUAAAUGGGGUAAAGUUACCAAUUAAUCCUUCCGUUUGGUCGAUUGAUGAUUUGGGUAACGGCGGCACUAUAAUUGAUUCAGGUACGACGUUAACGUUUAUUACGGAGCCGGCUUACACAGAGAUUUUGAAAGCGUUUAAAAAGCGGGUUAAGCUACCGAGUCCGGCUGAGCCAACGCCGGGUUUUGAUCUUUGUAUGAACGUAUCGGGUGUGACGAGGCCCGCUUUACCCAGAAUGAGUUUUAACCUUGCUGGUGGUUCGGUUUUCUCGCCUCCUCCGAGGAAUUAUUUUAUUGAAACGGGUGAUCAAAUUAAAUGUUUAGCGGUUCAACCCGUUAGCCAGGAUGGCGGGUUCUCGGUUUUAGGGAAUCUGAUGCAACAAGGAUUUUUGUUGGAGUUUGAUAGGGACAAAUCGCGGCUCGGUUUUACACGUCGCGGGUGUGCUUUGCCGUGAUAGGUCGAAACGACUCCGUUUAUUUUUCUUUCUUUCUUUUUUUUUUUUUUUUUCCUUAAUCGGAUUUUUAAUGAUGAAUUGUUGGGAAAAUAUAAAGUUGUAUUAUUUUUGGACAUUGUGAUAAUUAUUUGCCUUUCUUAUUUUAUUAAUAUAUGAUGGAGGAAGAAAAAAGAAAAAGAAAUUGGGAGAGGAA